CGCUGACGGGGUGUGGGCGGGGAGCGGCGGGCGGACGAGCAGGCGCUGCCGCCGCCGCCGCCGCUGCCGCCGCUGCCGGGCGCCUGGGCCAGCCGGGCGAGCACCGCGGCGCCAUGGACGAGCAGGCGGGGCCCGGCGUCUUCUUCGGCAACAGCCACCCGGGCGCCGGCGCCAAGGGGCUCGGGCCUCUGGCCGAGGCUGCGGCGGGCGACGGGGCGGCCGCGGCGGGGGCGGCCCGCGCCCAGUACAGCCUCCCGGGGAUCCUGCACUUCCUGCAGCACGAGUGGGCCCGCUUCGAGGUGGAGAGAGCCCAGUGGGAGGUGGAGCGGGCCGAGCUGCAGGCUCAGAUCGCCUUCCUGCAGGGGGAGCGGAAAGGCCAGGAGAACCUCAAGAAGGACCUGGUGCGGCGGAUCAAGAUGCUGGAGUUCGCCCUGAAGCAGGAGAGAGCCAAAUACCACAAGUUGAAAUAUGGGACAGAAUUGAAUCAGGGAGAUAUGAAGCCUCCAAGCUAUGAUUCUGACGAGGGCAACGAGACCGAGGCCCAGCCGCCGCAGAACAGCCAGGUGAUGUGGAAGCAAGGCCGGCAGCUGCUGCGACAGUACCUGCAGGAGGUGGGCUACACGGACACCAUCCUGGACGUGAAGUCCAAGCGCGUGCGCGCCCUGCUGGGCUUCUCCAGCGACGCCCCCGACCGCGACGAGGAGAAGAACCCGGACUCGGUGCUGAACGGCACCGAGGCCGACGCCAAGGAGGCGGCGAUGAUCGGAAAAUCCGAGCUGACGGAUUCUGCCUCCGUGCUGGAUAAUUUCAAAUUCCUCGACAGCGCAGCAGAGCUGAGUGACGAAGAUGAGGACGACGACGUGGACGGGAGGGACAAGAGCGUCAUGGACACGUCCACGAUGGUCAGGAAAAAGGUGCCAGCCGAGAGCAGUGAAGACCGGGACACGAAGGAAGCCCUGAAGGAGUUCGACUUCUUGGUGGCGUCUGAAGAAGGGGACGGGGAGUCCAGGAGCGCCGGCGACGGAACAGACUGGGAGAAGGAGGACCAAGGGCUGGUGCCCGAAGCCUGGAACGUGGACCAGGGCGUGAUCACCAAGCUCAAGGAGCAGUACAGGAAGGAGAGGAAGGGGAAGAAGGGGGUGAAGAGAAAAACUACCGAAGAUCUGUUUCAGCCUCUAUCCUAUAUAAAACAGUCAAAGCAGGCAAGUGGGAGAACGCAGCCCGCACGCGCAGGGCCCAACAGGUCCAAGCUGCAGGACAUGCUGGCCAACCUUCGGGACGUGGACGAGCUGCCCUCCCUGCAGCCCUCCGUGGGGCCGCCCGCCAGGCCCAGCAGCUCCCGCGGGCCCGAGCAUGAGAUGAACAGGGCGGACGAAGUGGAGGCGCUGACCUUCCCGCCCUCCUCCGGGAAGUCGUUCAUCAUGGGAGCGGACGAGGCCCUGGAGAACGAGCUGGGCCUCGGGGAGCUGGCCGGGCUGACCGUGGCCAACGAGGCCGACUCGCUGACCUAUGACAUUGCCAACAACAAAGACGCCCUGCGGAAGACGUGGAACCCCAAGUUCACCCUGAGGAGUCACUUCGACGGCAUCCGCGCCCUUGCCUUCCACCCCACCGAGCCCGUGCUCAUCACCGCGUCAGAAGACCACACGCUGAAGAUGUGGAACUUGCAGAAAACCGCUCCGACCAAGAAGAGCGCCUCUCUGGACGUGGAGCCCAUCUACACCUUCCGGGCCCACAGGGGCCCGGUGCUCUGCGUGGUGAUGAGCAGCGACGGGGAGCAGUGCUACAGCGGGGGCAGCGACGGGCUCAUCCAGGGCUGGAACACCACCAACCCCAACGUGGACCCCUACGACUCCUACGACCCGUCGGUGUUCCGGGCGGCGCUGCUGGGCCACACGGACGCCGUGUGGGGCCUGGCCUACAGCGCCGCGCACCAGCGCCUGCUCUCCUGCUCGGCCGACGGCACCCUCCGCCUGUGGGACACCAGCGAGGCCGCGCCCGCGCUCAGCGUCUUCGCCGAGAACCCAGAGUUGGGGGUCCCGGCGUCCGUGGACCUCGUCAGCAGCGACCCGAGCCACAUGGUGGCGGCGUUCAGCAAAGGCUACACCAGCAUCUUCAACAUGGAGACGCAGCAGCGCGUCCUCACCCUGGAGGCCGACGGGGACCCCACCGGCGCCUCCCGCCAGAUCAACAGGGUCAUCAGCCACCCGACGCUGCCCGUCACCAUCACGGCCCACGAGGACAAGCACAUCAAGUUCCACGACAACAACACAGGCAAGCUCAUCCACUCCAUGGUCGCCCACCUGGAAGCCGUCACGAGCCUCGCGGUAGAUCCCAACGGCCUGUACCUGAUGUCCGGCAGUCACGACUGUUCCAUACGUCUGUGGAACCUCGAGAGCAAGACGUGCAUCCAGGAGUUCACGGCCCAUCGGAAGAAGUUUGAAGAAUCCAUCCACGACGUAGCUUUCCACCCGUCCAAGUGUUACAUAGCCAGCGCGGGGGCGGACGCGCUGGCGAAGGUCUUUGUAUGACAGCGCGUCGUCUCCCCUCCUAGUUCUUCACAGAGCAGCCGACUGCACAGAAGACCGGGGCAGGGCCCGACUGGUCCUGCCCUUUGUUCGCCGAAGGAGCACAGAGAACAUUUGUUCAAAGUCUAUUUUGCAAUUCGUGUCCUGUUUUCCCAAACCGAGGCUGGUCGGGUCGCUGCAAGCUCAGCUGGACUCUGGGAGCCUGAAAACAGUUUCCAAACGCGCCCCCUCUCCCCGUCCCCCACCCAGGCUGAGUCGCCGCAAGGCGCAGGCCUGGGGCCGUAGCUUCUCCCCUGAGUGAACCUGGUGACCAGCACGGGGUCCUUAGAGCCGGGCGGUGGCCGGAACGACCGACCGAAGAACAGAAGCUCAGACCUCGGCCCGCGGGGAGCAGCGGCUCGAGGUGCCCGCCUCUGGGCCUGGCCGGGGGGCCGACGCCGGUGUUCACUCGGCUCUCCCGGGCUCCCGGGGGAAGCCCCUGACAAAGCAUUUGCCGAUUCGGGGAAAGAAAGACACGCAAUAAUAUGUUGAAUAUAUUAUUAUUAAGAAAUGCUAAACAAAUAUCUAGUUUGUAAGCAGAUUUCUAUAUAUUGUAUUACAGUUUUGGAAAUGAGUUUGGUACCACUCUAGAGUCUGGCUGGCGAGGAGUCGCUCGAGUCUGCUUUUAUGGAAGGUUUAACUUAUUCAGGUUUAAGAUUCGGUUUAUUUUUAAGAGCAAACAGAGCAUAUCUCUAUGAUUUCUUUUCAUUUUGAAAUUCACUCCAGUGACGCGGUAUUUAAAGUGUCGGAUUAUCUCUUAGCAGUGAAAUCUUAACCUUGCGGUGAGUCGAAAGACCAAAGUCACUCGGGGGCCGGGCCCUCGUCUCCCGGUCUCCGGUGACUUGGCCCUUGGCUCUUCGUCUUUGUUUAUCGAUUCUCUGACACCAACCAAAAAGCAGUUCCCAGCGAUUGUGUUUUUUAACCACCCAAAGGGUCGAGGUGACCCCGGGCCGCCACUUUUGCAGAGGGACUAAAUAAAGCAAAUGUUUUGUACCCGA